UCCACACUUAAAGCAAUCAUAAACAACAAAUCUUCUAAAUUGCAAAAGAAAAUAUAUAGGGUUACACACUUAAGAGAGAAUAUGGGAACCAAAAUUGGAGCGAGGCCAUUGCCUCGACUCCUAUAUGCAAUAGCAUUUUGCAUAAUUGCUAUUAAGACUCUUGCUAUUGCUGAUGACAACCCUUACUACCAUGAAGGCAAACAACCAUACUACAACUAUCCACAACCAACAACACCCCCAUCUUACUAUUACAAACCACCACCAUAUAAUAACUAUCAAUCUCCACCUCCAUAUGCUUACAAAUUCCCUCCAUAUAACUAUCAAUCUCCACCUCCAUACAAAUUCCCUCCAUAUAACUAUCAAUCUCCACCUCCUUAUGAGUACAAAUUCCCUCCAUAUAAUUACUAUAAAUCUCCUCCGCCGUCACCACCACCUCCUUAUGUUUACAAACCCCCACCUUAUGUUUACAAACCCCCACCAUAUCACUACAACUCUCCACCUCCUUAUGUCUAUAAAUCACCUCCACCACCUCCAUAUGUUUACAAGUCCCCGCCUCCUCCACCUUAUGUCUAUAAAUCACCUCCACCUCCUCCAUAUGUUUACCCGUCUCCUCCUCCACCAUCACCGCCACCUCCUUAUGUCUACAAAUCACCUCCACCUCCUCCAUAUGUUUACAAGUCCCCACCUCCUCCACCUUAUGUCUACCCGUCUCCUCCUCCACCAUCACCGCCACCUCCUUAUGUCUAUAAAUCACCUCCACCUCCUCCAUAUGUUUACAAGUCUCCACCUCCUCCACCUUAUGUCUACCCGUCUCCUCCUCCACCAUCACCGCCACCUCCUUAUGUCUACAAAUCACCUCCACCUCCUCCAUAUGUUUACAAGUCCCCACCUCCUCCACCUUAUGUUUAUCCAUCUCCUCCUCCACCAUCACCACCUCCUCCAUAUAUCUACAAGUCGCCACCUCCUCCACCAUAUGUCUAUAACAGUCCACCACCUCCACCCUAUGUGUACAACUCACCACCUCCUCCACCUUAUGUCUACAAGUCGCCACCUCCACCACCAUAUGUCUAUAAAUCACCUCCUCCUCCUCCAUAUGUCUACAAAUCACCACCACCUCCUCCAUAUGUUUACAAAUCACCACCAUACGUCUACAAGCCACCAACACCUCCUCCAUAUGUCUACAAAUCACCACCAUACGUCUACAAGCCACCAACACCUCCCCCAUAUGUGUAUGAAUCACCACCAUAUGUCUACAAGCCACCAACACCUCCUCCAUAUGUCUACAAAUCACCACCAUACGUCUACAAGCCACCAACACCUCCCCCAUAUGUCUACAAAUCACCACCAUACGUCUACAAGCCACCAACACCUCCCCCAUAUGUCUACGAAUCACCACCAUACGUCUACAAGCCACCAACACCUCCCCCAUAUGUCUACGAAUCACCACCAUACGUCUACAAGCCACCAACACCUCCUCCAUAUGUUUACAAGUCCCCACCUACACCAUAUAAUCCCUACCAAUAUAGCACACCUCCACCCCCUGCCUAUUAAGCUUGAUAAUUUGCAUUUUCACAUUUUCAAUAAUUAUAUUAUGAUCCAUGUUGUGUUAUUUUUAAUAAAGUCCUCAUUUGUAUUAAGGUGUUCAUUGUAAUAAAAGUUGUAUUUUGGAUUUGUGUAUCA